GUUUAUGGAUGAAUGCAUGCGUGCAAGAAAUCGCCCAUGGACGGAUAUAACGCGAGCGCGGAAUCGAACAGAAGGCGCUGAAUGAACCGUGGGGUGAGUUAAGGAAGGCUGCUGCGCUCCAUUCCACUGUCGGAGCAGCAGCGGUGCUGCUGCUGCUGAGCGCAGCAGAAUCACGCGGCGGUGAUUUCCUGCCGCAUGCCUUCUCGCUGCUCCCCACACUUGUCAUCGUCCUCAGCCACGAUCCAUCCACUGUUGGAUGGAGGCCUCCCCAAGCCCCUGUACACCUCUCGCGACUGAUCCCAGCGAUUCGAUAAUCCACCGAGCAAGCAGCACACGAGGCGAUGUCAUCAUCGCUCCGUUCACUCGGGAGAUUGUCCUCUCGGACGAGUUCGGUGAUGACAACGAUGACGAUGGACACCACUGCACCCCCGACAGACUGCCCUGCGUCGUGACAGACCUCAAUCCCCCCCCCCCCGCCAUGUAAUUUCGCAGCAGCCGCAGCAACAACAAAAAAAAACUUGUAUCCUCCUGCAAGAGACAUCACUCCCCAGCUUCCACGUCACGCCAUGGAGAUCCAGCGAACGAGCGAGGGAGUGAGAGAGGGAGGAGAGGUAGGGGAUGUGGGGGGGGGUAGAGAAAGGCACAGAGGGAGAGAGAGAGAGAGAUUAAGAGACGAGAAAGGAGAUCCUACACCAGUCGCCAGCACCUUGCGCUGGGGGGUGGAGCGAAGAUGUCGUUUCUGCAGACGGAGCCGGGGAACGGCUCCCUCUUUGCGGUGGUCCCUUUAAACCGGUCCGUGGCAGGACCUGGUGAGAACACCUCCUCGGCCACCUGGCGCUCCAAGGCAGGGGACAUCACCGUGGGCUCCCUGCUGUCGGUCAUCGACCUCGUCACUCUCCUGGGCAACCUGGUGGUGUUCGUGUGCCCCGUGCUGGAGAAGCGCCUGCGGACGGUCACCUACAUGUUCAUCAUGUCCCUGGCCACUGCCGACCUCCUGGUCGCCUGCCUGGUGAUGCCCUUCAGCAUCAUUUACGAGGUUACAGGACGUUGGAUGUUCGGGCGGAUCUUCUGCAAGGUGUGGAUCUCCUUCGACGUGAUGUUCUGCACCGCCUCCAUCGUCACGCUCUGCUUCAUCAGCCUCGACCGCUACUGCUCCGUCUCGGCGCCCCACCGCUAUGUGCGCAGGAUGUCCCGCCGACGAUGCGUAGCCAUGACCGCCGCCAUCUGGGUGUACUCCUCACUCAUCUCCUUCCUGCCAGUCAUGCGCGGCUGGAACGAGAUUCCCGGCCUGGACUUCGACUCGAGCCGCGAGUGCGUGUUUGUCACGAACCGCACCUUCGCUGUCGUGGCCUCGGCUCUCGCCUUCUACAUCCCCUUCCUCGUCAUGUGCACCAUGUACUUCUUCAUCUACCGAGCCUCCAGGCUCAAGGCGGCGCGCAUCAUGUCGCAGACGCUGGACAUCCACUACCACCCCAAGAGCAGGCGUCCCAACAACCUGCAGCUCGAGCACAAGGCCACGCGCACCAUGAGCAUCAUCAUCUCGGCGUUCGUCCUGUGCUGGCUGCCGUACUUCUUCUUCAACGUCUUCAUUGGCUUCUACUCGAACAACGAAGACUCCGCACACGUCGUGCAAAUGGCGUUUAAGGUGAUUACCUGGCUGGGCUACUGCAACUCGGCCAUCAACCCGAUGCUCUACGCAUUCCUCAACCGUGACUUCCAGCACGCUCUGCGGAAGAUUUUCAUCUGCCGCCGACUACGCUCCAAGGUGGACAUUGGCGAGGACAUGGUCUCCAUCGUCACGUACUCAAAAACCGCACUAGAGGCGGACAAUGCUGCUGCUGCUGCUGCCAAAGGAAUGACCAUCAUUAAGCAGAAGCAGACAUUGUGAUUAAAAGGUGUACUUCUGCUUCUAAAUAGCAGCUUACGUAAACAUAAAGCACAUAAUUCUUGGUUCUUUCGGUAAAGUCACGUAGAAGGGAAACAAUUAAAUAAUAAAAAUAUAAAACAAUAAAAUUCUCACAGUGAGAAUCCCUGCAGUCACGAAAGCUUUAAAUAAAAAAAUAAAGCACAUAAGUUAAGCCUGCUUCGAUCCACAAUGAUUCCAUCAAUCCGAAUUCUCAGUGAAGGUCAACUGAACAAAACUUUUACCGGUGUUUUGUGUCCAGAAUCAUUUUAAUUAAAUUAAUAAUUGUGUUUUGUCAUAGUCCAUGACUGCAAUGACAACAUUUAUCAGUAAAGCCAAACUGUACAUAUGGAACUAUGGUGUUUAUUUUGGAAACUUGAUUAAUCUGGACACUGGAAAGUAUGGGUUAUUCAUAUUUCUUAUAUUCAAGACAAUCCAUUGGUUGCUGGACAUUUAAAGUUUAACGAAAUGAGUAACAAUGUAUCACGUCAUUGUGGCUUAUGUGGUUGUUUUAUGGAACCAUAUAUAUAUAAAUACUGUAAAUGUAUAAUACGUCUCAUGUUACGUGAAUCAAUUGUCCAUUAUGUGAUGUACUUUUAAAAUUGUGUCAUCUAAAAAAAAAUGCACAAAUUAAAAAAGUUAAUCAAGUCAUUGAAGGUGAUUGCGUCGCUAAAUAGUGGAACAGAAUGACAUGUCUGGAUGCUAAUAAUGUAUAACAUACAGUAUAUCAACAGUGUACUUAUAACAGCACUUGUGAAAUAUUGCAUCUCAAAUUGAAGAGAUUGUGCAAUCAUGGUGUGAAUAUACACUUGAAGCUGUACACAAUUCAAUACGUGAUACAUACAAUACAUAUUUUAAAAAUUGUACCCAUAAUUGCAUACAACUUCAUGAUAAGUACAUUUGAAGAGACAUUUUUAGCAAAUUUCAUUUUUUGUGGCAGAUUUUUAUUUUUGUGGCUCAACUACAAAUCAUCCUUUGGGUACCAAAUACGAACAUUUUGAAUUGAAAAUGUUUUAAACUAGAAAUUAAAAGUAAAUAUUUGUUGUCACAAUGUUGAGCAGCCUAAUUAUCCAGUUCAAAUAUUGCUUUGAAAAAAAUCAAAACCUCACCAUAAAAAUGAAGCUUGGAAAACAAUGAAAAGUAAAAAACGGUGUCUGCCAAAAUUGGAAUGUCAACAAGGUGGCACAAAUGUUGGCAUUAGAAACAUCUGGCAGAAUCCAACAGAUGGAACAGCCACAGGUCAAGCUAUUAAAAUACGUAUACCUUUUGUUAAAGCCCAUGUGGACUGCCAAGCUGGAAAACCAAUUUCUAGAAAGGUCUACUGAGACUUGAGACAUGUCAGGAUUUUUAAGGUUCGUAGCUGCAAAAGUGUUAUUAUCUUCAAGCACAGGUUGUUUGUGGUAAACGCAGUUUUGUUGUAAUGGUAAUGGAUAAAUUAUAACUUUAAAAAAAUGACAGUAAAAUUUAUAUUAUAAUUACCCAUAGGUAUGUUUUUUGUGUCCACUAAUGCUCAUAUCUGUUACAAGGCACAUUCGUGGAUGGAAACAAAACAUAUCUAAAAUAAAUAAUCCUAUAUCCAAAUCACCUGGAAUGCACCUGCUCUUGUCAGAUUGGGAAGCAAAGCUGGUUGAGCCUAGAGCUUGGCAGGGAAGGCACCAGGCAUGAGACAUGUUGUUAUAUGCGAUGUUGAGGAACCAUCGAGGCCAGUGGAGAAUAAUCCAUAGUUGUAAUGUACUAUGCCCCGGCGUCUAUGUCACCCUCGUUUACCAACCCACACCGACCAUCGUAGUGGAGUAUGUUCAACUAAUCAUCAUUACCUGCAAGGCGUAGGGGAGGCCCUUAUACAGAAAUUGAUUGUCAAAAGUGCUAUAUAUGUACGUUCCAUGCAAUACCUAUUAUACAAUCACAGUUCAUGAGGCGGCUGAGAGAAAAUUUUAUGAACAUGGCAUCUUAACGAUUUUGCUACUGAUAGUGAAACAAUUAUACAAUAAAGAAUCCCAUACAUUUCUGAAACUGCAGUGCAAAAAAAAGAACAAUACUGCUGCAGUGUUCUGGAGAAUGUCUUUCCCUUAUCCAUCAUUUAAAACAUAUGUUAAGUUUCACAGACAAAAGAGAGCCCUCUUUUUGUUCCCAAUUAUAACUCUGUUUUCCCUUUGACAAUGGCUUAAAUAAAAGGUUUGAAAUGUUUGCUGAGGUGAGUCAUAGCACAGGAAAUCAUAUGAAGAGUCACAUCAAUGUUGAUCCCCAAUGCCCUUUUGAGUUUUACUGAACCUGCACUAAAAUAAUACUAUCCCCCAGUCCACAGCUUGCUUCAAUUCCCUAGUAACAAUAUGCAUGUUGCCUCUGAGUCACUGGGGUAUAUUAAAAUCGGGCCAAGUUGAACAAUCACAAACCAUAUAUGGUGUCCGUUCCAUCUGUUACGAAGCCUUCGCGUAUACGGGUUCAUAUUCAGACCAGGGAUGAAUAUUAAGAGCUGUUUACAAAGUGAAAUACGGUAAUGCAUAAAUCUAGAAAACGCAUUUUACUCAAAAUCUGGCUUGUCAGUGGCAGGCUUGUAAGUGGCAUAUUCGCCACAAAUCUUAAGUGGUAGCACUUAGCGUUGUAUUUUUUCUUAUAAAAGAGGUAUGCCAAUGAUCAAUUUAGUGUGAAAAAAACGAUCUAGGAAGCGAGAUUGGUGAUAGUGAUUUUUUUUUAAUCUGGCAGCAAACGUUUGGUUUUAAUUAUAUAAGUGGCACCUUGUUUCAUAAAUUGCAGAUGAGCAGGCUUUUCAACUUUCAAAGCGCAUUCACUUGUGAUGUGCUAUUGGAACAACGGUGUUCUAGUAAUUAGGGUAAAAUACAUUCUGAUUGCAAGUCAGUGUGUGUUGUGAUGUACAGAUUCGUUCUCUAUGGAUUUAACAUGCCUUUGAUACAUAUGACAUUCGUGGAGAACACAUGCAUUUUACAUAUUCCACGUGGAUGUUUAACAAAUUAUAUUGUUCUAUUUCAAUGAAAUAAAAUGUUACAAAAUA